CUCCCAUCCCCGCCGCGCGCCGCCCCGACUCAAGCCGGAAGUCCCCGCCCCUAUCCCCUACUCCCCUCUACCGAACGGUGCUAGGCGCGGCGCUCACGGCGGCGGCGCAUCGCGCGGGAGGCGCUCGGCGUCAUCGUCUCGUUCCCCUGGAAACAGCCGGGCGACACCGUCCGCCGAGCACUAUCGAAAAAAAAAAAGAAAACCCUAGCCAGCGGAGCGGCAGAAAGCCUCUGUGAUUUUUCAGGUGCUAUCAACUUGGAAGAUGGCAGAUGAGGAACAAGCCCCAAGCUCUAGGAAGAGGGUUGCAGGUACCCAAAUCAACAAGGAUAAUCCUGAGCCUGAUGAUGAUGGACCAGAGCCAGAGAUGGGUACAUUUAAGAAAGCCACUGAGGAAGUUAUGGCAACCCGGAGAAUUGUAAAGGUUCGGCGCCAGCAGACUUCAUCAGCUCCUUCUUCUAAUCCUUUCUCUGCAAUCAGAUUUGCCCCCACUGAUUCUGGUGCUCAAACAAGCGCCCCUGUCCCAGAGGAUGUCAAAGCUGAUGAGGGAAGUAAUGGUAAUGAGAAAGAUACUUUGUCUGUGCCAGACAAGAAUGCAGGCUCUGGUGUAAAUACUGACUCUGGUGCCACAACUGAAGCACCACCUCAACCUGUUGAAACCAGUGACAAGGCAGAAGACACAAAGGAUGAAUCUGGUGGAGACAAAGUGGUAGUUGGAGAACCCAAUGAAGGUAGCUGCAUGCCAUCUGAAGUUGAGGGCAAACCAAAAGAGGGAGAUGCUGAAGAAACAGAAGGGGCAGAUGAAGCUGGAAAUAAUGAUAAAAUUAGCAAGAAUGAUACUGAGAAGAAAGAUGGAGGUGAAUCAGAGACCAAGGAUGGCCUGUCUGAUGAGCAGAGAGAUGCUGAUAAAAUUGGCAAGGAUGAUACUGAGAAGAAAGAUGGAGGUGAAUCAGAGCAGAAAGAUGCUGAUAACAAAGGGCAGGCAUCAUCAGCGGCACCCCUUUUCUCGUUUAAGAAUCUGUCAAGUGGUCAAAAUGCUUUCACAGGUCUGACCGGAACUGGAUUUUCAAGCACCUCAUUCUCGUUUGGCUCAGUGUCUAAAGAUGGCUCAAGUGCUGGUCCCCUAUUUGGGCUGAAAACUGAUGGUUCUUCGUUCCCUUCUUUUAAUCUUGGUGCUUCUAACAACGGGAGUUCCGCCACAGCGCUUGCUACUUCAGCAGAGGCACCCAAGAAAUUUGCUAUGACCGAGGGCCCUGUUGAAACUGGUGAAGAAAAUGAGAAGGCUGUAUUUACUGCUGACUCUGCUUUGUACGAGUACCUAGAUGGUGGCUGGAAAGAAAGAGGAAAAGGUGAACUGAAGCUGAACGUCCCUGUAUCUGGCGGCGAGAGAGCCCGGCUCGUCAUGAGGACAAAAGGCAACUACCGGCUGGUCCUGAAUGCAAGCCUCUACAACGACAUGUCACUCAAGGACAUGGACAAGAAGGGCGUGACAUUUGCCUGCAUGAACAGCAUUGGGGAGUCGCCGAGCAGCCUUGCCACAUUUGCUCUGAAGUUCAAGGACACAGCCACCAGGGAGGAAUUCAAGGAUGCGGUGGAGUCUCACAAGACAAGCAAGGCACCGGACGUGGCCGCCGAAGACGACGCCUGAGAACUCUCCGAAGGCAGCAGAGGUCUGAAGCUGCACUCGGGUCACGCUUACUCGUCCUUUGUAAGUGCCCAGGAAGGAGCCGAGAGAUACUUUCUGUUAUUCUUAAGAAUGUCGUGUCAUGACAUGAUGUCCUGAAUUGUGUUUGCAUACGGUUCCCUGAUGCUGUUUUUGGAACAGUGGGUAGCCUGUCGUACUUUUGUCAUUACAUACGGUCAUAUAAUCUUAGAAUCCUGGAGAUGAGACUCGUUAGAUAUGUUUGCUUAUCCUGGAGAUGAGACUAGUUAGUUAUUAUGUCUUGAAUGAAUGAAUGUAUGCAAUUAUGCGUAUCUUGGUUAUUA